AUGGCCUCUGCUGAGGCGGCGGCGUGGUCAUCGUCGUCGUCUUUGGAAACAGACUCAGCCCCAGUCCCUGAAACUGCAGGAACCGCUGCAGCCGCGGCGGUCGCGGCCGCGGCCAGGAUGGGACCCGGAGCCAGGGUCUCCAAGGCCGCUUUGGCCACGAAGCUGCUGUCCCUGAGCGGCGUGUUCGCCGUGCACAAGCCCAAAGGGCCCACUUCAGCCGAGCUGCUGAAUCGGCUGAAGGAGAAGCUGCUGGCAGAAGCUGGAAUGCCUUCUGCAGAAUUAACCAAGAGGAAAAGGCAGACCUUGAAAAUCGGGCACGGAGGGACUCUCGACAGUGCAGCCAGAGGAGUUCUGGUGAUUGGAAUUGGAAGGGGAACAAAAAUGUUGACCAGUAUGUUGUCAGGGUCCAAGAGGUAUACUGCCAUUGGAGAGCUGGGGAAAGCUACCGACACACUGGAUUCUACGGGAAAAGUAACAGAAGAAAAACCUUACGAUCAAAUAACACAAGAAGAUAUUGAAGGCAUUUUACAGAAAUUUACUGGGAAUAUAAUGCAGGUACCUCCCCUCUAUUCUGCAUUAAAGAAAGAUGGACAGAGACUUUCCACUUUGAUGAAGCGAGGGGAAGUAGUAGAAGCAAAACCUGCCAGGCCAGUUACUGUGUACAGUCUCUCCCUUCAAAAAUUUCAGCCACCAUUUUUCACAUUAGAUGUUGAGUGCGGAGGAGGUUUUUAUAUCAGAAGCUUGGUCAGUGACAUUGGCAAAGAGCUCUCUUCCUGUGCCAACGUGCUGGAACUGACCCGGACCAAGCAGGGGCCUUUCACGCUGGACGAGCACGCCCUUCCCGAAGACAAAUGGACCAUUGAUGACAUUGCGCAGUCCCUGGAGCAUUGCUCAUCUCUCCUCCCAGCAGAGCUGGCGCUUAAGAAACCAAAGCCCGAGGACUCUCCGGAGCACGGUUUGAGCUGUGAACAUAUAACUCUGAAUGAGACGAAGGGAGAAGACGGUGAAAUUAAGACAUGUUAAGAUUGGCGUGGGUCGUCAUUUCUCGGUUGGCAUUUGAAUCCCGUGUACACAAUGGCAAGCUACGGGCAAAGGACAGUUUUUCCCUUUUUUUUUUUUUGGCACGAAAGAAAAAUGUCCAUCAUUUACAGUUUCGAGAGGGUACAGUGUUAUCUGCUAUCCAGGAUAAGGAGCCUUGCAGUUGUUCAGCUCUUUGCCGUACCAUGGAAUGUUCUGGAAUAUUAUUAUGUGGUUAGAUUGGAUUCAGGAAAAUCAGCUUUCUGAUUUUGAUCUUGCUUCAAAGUCUUUUCCUGUGAAAAAGCUGAACACAUUUUCUAAUCAAAGAAAAAUGACAUAAGAGCUACAUGUUUCUGUGUCAUCACAAAAGUUCAUGUAAAUUAAUGUCACUUUGACUUUAUUUUGGCUCUCCGGUGACUCUGUUGUAUUGAAAUUCUUACACAAUGUUAGAAAAGGCUGUUAUUUAACUAUUUUUAUGUUUUGGAGAGUUUGCCAUUAUUAAGAACAUUUCUUUGAUAAGGAUGCAUUAUUUGGUAAUAGCCAUGUUUGUUUAGGUCUUGGACAUUAAUAAACUUUUAAAAUAAAUGUUUAUAAUUAUACCAAAUUAUUGCUGCUACCACUUGGGAUGUCAAUAUAGGACUAAAUGUUUAAAUUGGCCUCUACCAUUAGUACACAGGAUAGCCCAGUGGCUUAUAUUUUGGGAACUAUGAGAUCUUUUUCUGAUCUUUUUAACAGUUGACCACCCUGUACUAUGUUAGUAAAUAGCAGUUUUUAAAAAGUAAGCUAAAGAAUGUAUCUUAAAUUAAAAAUGUUUUUAUUCUUUAGUAUUUAUUCACACCUUUGAAGGGUAUUGUUUUUUAAAUUUGCUUUCAAAUGAUAUUUAUAGCCUUAGAGAUAGUCACCGUGCAUUUCCAGCUAUCUCUUUUGUUCUAAAUAUUUAAAAAGUUAUUCUCAAACAUUCUAAUAGCUUAUUGAUGUCUGGCCAGUGUUGCUCAGUGGUUGAGCAUCAAUCUAUGAACCAGAAGGACAUGGUUCAAUUCCCCACCAGGAUAUGAGGUCAGGUUGCAGGCUCAAUCCCCUGUGUGGGGCAUGCAGGAGGCAGCCAAUCAAUGAUUCUCUGUCAUCAUUGAUGUUUCUAUCUCUCUCUCCCUUCCUCUCUGAAAUCAAUAAAAAAAUAUUUUUAAAAAAAGACAAGUAGCCUACUGAAAAUUUUCUCUCCCUUGUUAACAUAAUUUUGAAAGCGAAGUCACAUUACAAAAUAGCAGGUUUUCUAUGUAAUGAGAGUUUCUUAUUUUUGUUAUGGAAGAACAAUAUAUUAUGCAGCCAGUUUGUAGAAAUUAGAAAUGUUUAAGUCCUGCUUCAUUUAUUCAAGAAGUAUAGUUUCAAAAAGAGGAAUCAUUAAAAAUUUUCAUAACAUAAGAGUGUCUUGAUUUUUAUGGAUUCCAUUUCUUUUAAGGUAGUUGCCUACUUGCAACCUUUAACUUGAAAAUUUUCAAUAUGAAAACUAACAUGAUUUUCUUUAUGGCUAACCUAUUAGAAACUCCAUAUAAAAAUGUAUAUGCUUCAGGAGAGUAUUUUCAUCACAUUAGCCACAUAUUUUAAAUGAAAAUACUAAAAGUAAUUCCUAGUAUGACACAGAGCAUUAUAAGGAAAAGAGUUUGAUAUCUCAAGGUAUUAACCUAAAAUGCCAAACACACAGAGUUGUAAAUUCAAAGUUUACAGUUUUAUUUAUUCCUAUCUAGUGCCUUGCAGAUUGUUAACCAAAAGUGGCAGUGGCUGCUCGUCUGUUGGAAUGUGUUCACACACUGCAGUGAAGGUCCCAAUUGAGGAAUAAGGUCCCUAUUGAGGAACAUAUACAGGGGCAUUUCUGUUCUACAUCUCAAAAAUUGACAUGUAUGAUUUACUAAUGGAGAAGAGUAGAGAUUAUUUGAAUAGGCAAGUGACUUUAAAAUAGUAAUGAUCUUUUUCUUUUAUAUUGAAAACAUUGAUGAAAAUUGUGCCAAGUGGGAAAAUUCCCCAUAAUCCUCACCAUCCCUGUGCACUGACUUCAGAACUUUAAUUUUGUAUUAAUAUUUUCCCUUUUGUUUGCAUAAUUACAAUCUUAAAGUACCUAUUUCUUUUUAAUUGGCUGGGUUUUUUUUACUUCAUUUUAUUGGAUAUGUAAUUAGUUUUGAUCAUUAUUAUUUUAAUCAUAUGACUUCAUAUUCAGUUUAUUUAAACUAUUUUCUAUUACUGAACACUUAAGUUAUUUUUUAUUUUAUUAGGAUAAAUUCCUGGGAGUGGGAUUAGUAAGUGGGAUAAUAUGAACAAUUUUACCAUUCUUAAUAUGUUUGCCUUAUUGCUUUCCCAAAGAGAUGUAACAUUUUAGUGUCGCCAUUUCAAUAUUAUCAGUUCACUAAAAGUUUACAGCUUUUUAGGUGGGGGUUUGAUAUGUUGCUGCUAAUUUAGUAAGUAUAAGAGAGAGUUUAAAAUUGCUCUAAUUUGCUUUUAUGUGGCUUUUCGUGUACCUUGUUCAUUUUUAUAAAUAAAUGUCUUAUGGUUUCUUUAUA